AGGCGGAAAGUUUCCGAGAGUAGCGCGGGAGCUGAGAAGUUGGAGGCUCGGGUUCAUCCGGGGAAGGCCUUGAGCAGUUUGUUCCGCUGUCUUCCUGCUUCCAGGUUCCCCGACUGCGUCCCCACGAACUCCCCGUCCUUACCACCUGCUGCUGUGGAGUGCCUCGCUGUCUCCCAGGUCCCCGAGUUCCUGGUUUCAGAGAAGAUGACCGAAGAACUGGAUUUCCUGGGACAGGACUCUGAUGGGGGUAGUGAGGAAGUGGUCCUAACUCCUGCAGAGCUCAUUGAAAGGUUGGAGCAGGCCUGGAUGAAUGAAAAGUUUGCCCCUGAGCUGCUGGAGAGCAAGCCUGAGAUUGUAGAAUGUGUCAUGGAACAGCUGGAGCACAUGGAAGAAAAUCUCAGGAGAGCCAAAAGGGAGGACCUGAAGGUCAGCAUCCACCAAAUGGAGAUGGAGAGGAUCCGCUACGUCCUCAGCAGCUACUUGCGGUGUCGCCUCAUGAAGAUAGAGAAGUUUUUCCCUCAUGUCCUUGAGAAGGAGAAAACCCGGCCCGAGGGGGAGCCUUCCAGCCUCUCCCCGGAAGAGUUGGCCUUUGCCAGAGAGUUCAUGGUGAACACAGAGACCUAUCUGAAAAAUGUCGCCUUGAAGCACAUGCCCCCUAACUUACAGAAGGUGGACCUCUUUCGGGCAGUUCCCAAACCAGAUCUAGAUUCUUACGUGUUUCUGAGAGUGAGAGAACGACAAGAAAACAUACUGGUAGAACCAGACACAGAUGAGCAGAGCUGAGAGGAUUUCCAGUUUCAACAUUGUUCCUGUUGUCCCUCCUGUCCUGAUCACAGACCCCCAUCACUGACCACCCCAGAGUGAUCCCAAAUGCUGCCUCCGGUGACGUGCUGGUGAGGCAAAGUGUCUGAGUCACACUCUUCUUCUUCCUCUUCUCUCUCUUCUCCUUCUCCUUCUCCUUCUUCUUCUUCGACGGGAUCUCACUAUCUUGCCCAGGCUGGUCUCCUAACUCCUGGGCUCAAGCGAGCCUCCUGAGUAGCUGGGACCUACUGAGUCACACUUGCAGCCACAUCCUUUUCCCUUCUCCAACUCACUGGUUAAUCAUGAAAGGCUCUUCUGAUUGGCCGCCUCCUGGAACUAGUGCCUCACUGCCGCGGGUUGGGAGCAAAUAAAUAAUUCCCGCUGGAAAGCUGUUUCUCAGACAGGAGCAGGGAUACCCCUGCCACGCCUGCCGCCUGGAGCUGAGUAGGGUAAGCACGGUGCCACGUGGUUCUUGCACUUCUCUCCUUGCCAGUGCCUCUUCUUCUCCAGUUUCAGGGGACACCAUGGGGUGUGCGAGCCAGGGGGAGCGCAGCGAAGGGCGGGUUGGGCUGCAGGUGGGAAUGUGCGGCCCUUCUGCGCCCUCAUCAGAGCUUCCUUCCCUUUUGCCAAGUUCCCCGUGCCACCUUCAGAGCGCCUCCCUAUGCACCUCUGCCUCUGCCGCAGCGCACCUCUCCCGCAGCCCCAGCGGCCUUCUCGAGGGACGCCACAGCCUCUGCUGUCCCGCCCCUGCCUGGGGCGACCCAAGAAGCAAGUUGUGUUUGCAGACGUAAAGGGGCUGUCAUUGGUAUCGGUGCACUGGUUUGAAGCCAAUGCGGGCAGAGCCUGAAGAGGGCGGGUGUCCCGCGUGCAGCCUCCCCCGCCUGGCCUCCUCCUGCUGCAGAGCCGCCCCCCACGCCCCUGGCUGCUGCGCCCCGGGACGGACUAGGGGAUAUUCAGGGGUGCCCGCACUCUCGGGGGCGAGCAGCCGUGCGCCCUGUAGGGGAUUCCUGCGGGGCACCGCGCGCGCAGGUGGGGGCCAGCAGGCGAUGCAGAUUCGCACCCCCUGGAUGCCUGGGGCUCCUUGCAACAAGAGCCCUGUGUUGGAACGCCGGGUCCCCGCGGAGGUGAGAGGGUCAGCUUCACCUUCCAGGUGGUGUUGCCUCCGAGUCUCAUGGCCCCACGGGCCAUCGUCCAGUUCUGCUUCUCUUUAGAGCGUGCUCAGCAGCCUUUCGGGGACAGUAAUCAAAGGCAAAACUACAGUUGGGUGCUGGGUUCGCGGUCCUGCUCAUCAGAAUGAAGCCAGGCUCUGUGAGGGCGCACAGACAGACAGGUUGAGCCCUCUGCUCCUGCCUUUUCCACCUGGGCAAAGCGUGAUUUCUCGUCCAGGACGUGCGUGUUUCCUAUGUCGGGGAACUUUGCUCAGUCUGUUUUCUUGCUCCUGAAUUCAUAAUGGGGAAACAGGACUGAUUCAACUCCUAGUACCUGCAGAAGGCCUCGAAUGCCUCGCAUUCUUCUCUCACUUCCUGACUACAAGGGAUGAGGUUUUCUUUAGGAAGAUUCUGGAAAUGGAGUGGGGAAACGGAAGAAAUGUAAAUAAAGCACUUAUAAGUAAUUAUUGAAAGGGCUUAGCAGAGAGUGUCUAAGGACCGCGGGUGGUGUGUGUGUGUGCGCGCGGUGCGUGUGUGUGUGUGUGUAUGUGUGUGUAUUGCAGAGGUUGGGGAGGGGUUCUUUACGUUAAAGAUGGGAGAGAUGCAGCACAGAACUUUGCCCUUCUACUUUCCUCUCCAUCUGGAAAGGACUAGUUUCCUGGUAACUUGAAAUAGUUCAGCUUAUUCAACUUUUGCCAAAAGGAAUGUUCAUUAAAGCAUCUUCAAUAGUUGAUAUAAUGAACACUUUUUCUCCCUCUUCAUCAUAGAAGAGU